AUGGAGUCGGAUUUCCUGCGGGGGCGCCGGCCGUCUACCUCAUCUACCGGUGCUGUGAGCAAGAAAGGGCUACACCAUAUCCAGUUAGAAAGCAGCGCGCUCGCUUGCAACGGCGGAAUGGCGAGGCAGGUCAAUCGCCACGCCCACGUGCCUCGACUAAGUCGCCUCGGCAAGCUCCCGAUAGCUGGACCAGACGAACGCCGCCUCCACACCAUGACGCUUCCGACUUUGUCCGAUUGUCUCUUUGUCAACUGUUCAGGCCAGUUGUACGCAGGAACGGAGAUGUCGACGAUCGUUGAGCUGACGCAUAUCCAGACGAACUACACUGACCGCAGAGGAACCUUCUACAGCGCAGAGGACGACUUUAAAACGACGGAUAUGAACAGGAAACAUUGGGAUACAGCAAUCGUAGCCCUGUGUGUGGUGGCGGCGGCGUGGGCGGCUCCCCAGGGUGGCUACAACUACCAGGCACCCGUCGUGCAGCAGCCCGAGUACCCGUCGGUGCCCGCCCAGUACAGCUUCCAGUGGGACGUGAACGACCAGUACUCCGGCAACUACUACGGUCACCAGGAGCAGCGUGAUGGCGCCAACACUCAUGGGAGCUACUACGUGCGGCUUCCCGACACUCGCCUCAUGAGGGUCGAGUACUACGUCGACGAGUACGGCUUCCACCCAGUCAUCACCUACGAGGGCGAAGCUCAGUACCCAAGUGCCCCAGCCCAGGUGUACUCCCAGCCUGCCCCUGCCCCUACUCAGGUGUACUCCCAGCCUGCCCCAUCCAAUGUGUAUUCCCAGCCUGCCCCUGCCCCUACCCAGGUGUAUUCUCAACCUACCCCUGCUCCCCAGCCGACGUACCAACAGCCGACCCCUACACCUUCUCAGCUCUACUCCCAGCCGGGAAAAUAAGCCCAUAAGAUAAAAACCCUUCCGAGAAUCCAUUUCAUUCAAAACUUCCGCAUAGGUCUGACCACCCUGUCACGCAUAGAUUCUCAUGUGUUCAUUCAAGCUCUCACUCAGGCAGAGUCAGAGAGUUUUUAUUUUCUUUUUUAGUGUAUAACCUCGCCAAGACGUUAACCAUUAAUUUUCGUUUUCUUGUGUUACCUUUAUCACUGCUUUCUUGUGUUGUUUGUUUCAUAAUGAGACCUGUUCAUUUUCGCUGAUAGCAGAUAUUUUUUGUCUAGUUAUGUGUGAAUUCUGUGUUGAGAUAUAUUUUUAUACUGAGAUUUUAUACAUAUAUAUAUAUUGAAUAAAUAUUUCUGUAGAA